UAUACCCUGUAGAAGACCAGCAGCAAAGGCAGUACAAACCCUGCACUGCAUGCGUUAAUUGCCAUGAACUACUUUAAUCCUAAAUCCAUUUGAAUUAUUUGGCAUGCAGCAUAUAUGUCCAAGAAACGCCUGAAAAGUUCAGAAUUCAUUACCUACAUUACAUUACUAAAACAUGACUAGUUGACGGAGACUGGGGCUUAGGAAGCCAUUAGCAACAGCCUUAACUUUCAUCCUUUGUACAGUACAGGAUAUGAGGUCUUGCACCAACUGGGUGGAUUCAGCCAUAGAGUUGAUUUGGUGACACUUAAUCUGAAGUCCUGGUCAGAAGGUGCAUUCUUUAAAUCAUGAAGAUAAAAUACACAUUUAUCCGUUUCUUUCUCUUAAUAAGAUAACAUCGUCAUGUUCUUGCGAAGUCUGUUAGGAAACUAGUUUUUGAAUUGCAAAACGCAGACCAUUCAAAUAAUCGAUAUGCUCGCAAUGUCCGCUCCUGAGUGUCUGUUUGUAAGUAGUUAAUGAUUAGGAAGUAUUUUGGCUAAUAAACCUAAAAAUAAACAGGGUAAAGGUCGGUGUCUAUGCACAUUUAAUGAAGAAGAACAGUUGCACAUCUUCAACAGAGACUUUGCUUCUAAGAAGUGCCAUGGCGUGGAGUGUCCAGAGUUUGUGGUGUUGCCUUUUCACCAGCGGAAACUCCGAAAAUGAAAUACAAGCCCUGAGCAAGAUGAACUAUGAUUUUGCUUUCCGUCUGUAUAAAAGCAUUGGGUCUGGUGCUCAGUCCCAGAACGUGUUCUUUUUUCCAUUGAGUGUGUCAAGAACCCCAGGCCCAGAACUGCUAAGCAUUCUCAUAAUCAAUAUAUUUACUUUCAGGUCUGUUACAUGUCUGUUAAUGAUUAUACCCUUAAUAUAAACUAGGGCUAAGAAACAAAUAGGGUUGCAGUUAUACACGAUUAACGAAGCAGGACAAUAAAACAGUUUGGUGAAAAACUGCUAGAUUUGGCUGUUAUUUGGGUCCCUGCUAUAAAAAAAAUGUUUUGAAAGGAAGAAGCGUCAUGGCGCAAAGUGUCCUGUGUGUGUUGUGGUGUUGCUUUUCCUUUGUAUUGAUUUACACCAGCGUACACGGAGCUCCACGAAAACAUCCGUACUCUGAUUAUCUUGAAAACCGCAUGAAAGCACUGAGCGAGAUGAACAACGUUUUUGCUUUCCGUCUGUACAAACGCAUCGCGUCUGGUGCUCAGUCCCAGAACGUGUUCUUCUCUCCACUGAGCGUGUCCAUGACUCUGGCUGCCCUGUCUUUAGGAGCAGGUGGUGAGACUCAUCAACAGCUUCUCAGUGGCCUCGGAUUCAACAGUUCUCUCUUCACCACUGAAGAAAUGCACCAAGCCUUCCUCGAUCUCCUCCAAAACCUCAAUCAGAGGACAGAGUUAGAUCUGAACAUGGGCAGUGCCGUCUACGUUAACAACACAUUUAAUCCACGUCCGGAAUUUCUGGAGAAUCUUAACCGUUUCUAUCUUUCCGAAGGUUUCUCUGUCGAUUUUAAGAAUACUUCAGAGACCUCAGAUCAAAUCAACAACUAUGUGAGUGAAAAGACACAUGGCAAAAUCAAGAAGUUUAUUGAAAACUUGGAUACACGUACCAUCAUGUAUCUCCUCAGCUAUAUAUAUUUUAAAGGUAAAGGGACAUCAUUUUUCCCCGACACUCGAGUAGAUCAAUUCCAUGUGGAUGAAAAAACAACCGUUCCAGUUCAAAUGAUGUAUAUGAACGAUGGAUGCUUUUCCUAUGAUCAACAACUGUCUGUCAUACUCUUUCAUUUGAACUACUAUUAUUCCUUCUCCAUGAUACUGGCUCUGCCUUUCAAAAAUAUUACAAUUUUGGAAGAGGGUUUACGUCCACACCACAUAACCAGGUGUCAAGACCGGAUAUCAGAAGAUUAUAUUAACGUCUUCGUCCCUAAACUGUCCCUAAAAACCUCAUAUUCUCUGAAGAGCAUUCUGUCUGAAAUGGGAUUUAUGGAUAUGUUUACAGCUAAAGCUAACUUCUCUGGGAUUUCUGAUGAAAAUUUAUUAGUUUCUGAGGCUGUACAUAAAGCCGCACUAGAUAUAGAUGUGAAUGAAAUCAGAGCAAGAACAGCAGUGACUGGAAUGGGCUUCAGGCGCUAUCCUAGGCGCCAUUAUUCAGUGACUAAAUUUAAUCGGCCAUUUAUGAUCUUCAUAGUUGACAAAAAAACAAAUAACAUCUUCUUUAUGGGGAAAAUUGUAAAUCCUGCAAAUUCUGAUGUCCAUCAGUAAUAAACAAAAAGAUAAAUGUGUCUUGUCCUAUGUUGCAUACAGGACUGAAGUGAUAGAGGGUAGAUAUGUGAUGAGAUGGGCUGGAGUGUGUUGGGAUGGGAAUCUGACUGCAAAACAAAGGAAAUAAAGAAAUUUUUACUGUA